UUUUUCUAUAUAUGGGGUGAAGUGCUGUGAGAUUCUGGGUAUUGUUGUCUUCUAUCAUUAUAUGACGGUCUUCUAGUUGUGUUCUUUAAUAUAUAUAUAUAUAUAUAUUAUUCCUCCAUAUAAAAUAAACAAACUAAAGACGUGGCUGUAUGGACUUUAGUUCCCCUUGCCUUCCUUAAAAAGGGACAAUAUUAAAAAAAAUGUUCUCUAAUCUUAUUGGUCUAUGGUUUAGUUCGAUCGCGUUGGAUCGCGCACGUGUGUGUAAUUUGUUUUUACACGAUAUCUAAUUUUUAAGUGGUUUGCAACCUGCUCUUAACCAAGAAAUACUCUAAUACAGAAACAUGCAAAAAGUUAAAAGAAAAAGUGAUGGAGGUGAACCUACAAUCUCUAGUAAAAAAAGAAAACAUGAAAAUCAAGAAAGUAAUUAUAAUAAACAACCAGUUAAAAAAGAUUUUAAGAAAAAAAGCAAUUUCAAAACACGUACUAGUAAUGCAGUGUCAGAUAAUUUUAAGAAAAACAAGAAGGACACAGAGAAGGAGAAUGGAGAGAAACCAAAAUGGUCUGAAAUGAAAAAGGAAAAGAAACAGUUGAGACUUGCAAGACGCAAGGCUAAAUCUACAACUGAAGUGUUUGAAAUAUCCCACAAAGCUAAACUCCUUGCAGCCCAAAUACAAAGAAAAGUUGUAAAACAAGAUUUCCGUUUAAAUUCUUGUAAGGAGCUGCAUGACUUACUUAAAGGACAAUAUAAAUCUAUAGCUCUGACACAUGAUCUGAGUAGAGUGAUUCAAAUACUACUGAAGUAUAGUCCAGAAAAUAUAAAAAAUGAGAUUACUGCAGAACUGCUGGAUCUAAUGGUACCUAUGGUACAGUCAAAAUAUGCUCACCAUUCUGUAAAGCGUAUACUAAAAUAUGGUACUGAUCAUAUUCGGCAUGAAGUAAUUAAAAGAUUUUUUGGUCAUAUUGUAACAUUAGCUGCUCACACAGUUAGUGCACCUGUAUUGGACUAUGCAUAUGGUGAAUUUGCAAAUAACAAAGAAAAAUUGCAUAUGCAACAAGAAUUUUAUGGAGACAUAUAUAAAAAUACGAAGGAUAACAAAGUCAAGACACUUAGUGACAGUUAUAAAGACAGUCCUGAAAUGAAGUCUGCUAUAUUGCAGUCAUGUAAAGCAAAUAUUCAACGUAUAUUAGACAAGAAUUUGCAUGAUAGUGAAUUACUUCAUUCUGUAUUGUAUGAUUACAUCCGUGAGUGCAGUGCAGAAGAUCGAGUUGAGCUAAUUUCAACACUUAGCCCUCUUAUUGUGCCACUUAGCAAUUCUUUACCAGGUGUCAAUACAGCCAGUCUGUGCGUUUGGCAAGGGACUAAUAAAGAUAAAAAGACUAUUCUGAAAGUGGUAAAGGAACAUGCAGUCUCUCUGAGCAAACAUAAGACUGGAUAUCGUUUGUUGCUCUCUAUAUUUGACUCUGUCGAUGACACAGUUCUGGUGAAGAAAGCCAUUGUAUCAACAUUAGCAGCUAAUUUGAAAGAUAUUGUCACAGACCAUUGGGGUAUUAUGACUAUACAUUGGCUAGUUAAGCCUAAAGACACAGCUACUUUUCAUCCCACACUGAUCAAAUUCCUUGAAGAAGGUGCUCGUAGUGGUACUUCAAAGAAAGAUUCAGACAUUCGUACGGCAGAACUUCGUGAAGCCAUCAUUCCGUCAUUAAAAACCCAUAUCCAGGAUAAUGCCGACUUUUGGCUCAAUGGGAAAAGUAUAAUGUUAUUAGUUGUAGCUAUUUUAUCUACAGAUUCGUCUAAAGAAAUCCUAGAUGCACUGUCCCAAGUAAUAUGCAAGCCAGAUUGGGAAAUAAAGUCUAAUGACAAAACAGUUCUUGCUGUAGAAGAUGCAGGCAUCCAUAUGUGCCUUAAAAAGUUGGCUUCUCUAGAUAAGGACAAAGCUGAAAAAACUUUGGGUGAUGCUAUUUCAGAACACUUAGAUGAUGAAACAGUGAAAAUAUGGUUGAAAACAAACAGGGGAUGUUUUUUCAUUUUAAAAUUAAUUGAAAAUAAUAAGAUUGUAGUCAUCAACAAGAUUGUACAGAAAGUAAAACCUCAUGUUAAUAUUUUAACACAACAGACAUCGGAAGGUGCAAAAUUGUUACUGCAAAAUAUUCAACCAAAAUAAAAUAUUUUUAUUUAUAUUGAUUGAUAAUGUAUGUUUUAGUAAUGUUUAUAAGGUUUAAGCAAUAAAAAUACUAAAAUGUAACAUUA